CAAGAACUUGCAAUAAUCUGCAAUAGCCCAAAGUCCGUGGCAGUAUCCCCUCCAACUGGUUGCCAUUUAGGUUAAGAGUCAUUAGUUGACUCUCGUUGACAAAAGAAUUUGGUAUUAUACCAUGAAACUUAUUCAUCUGCAAAUCCAAGAAAUAGAGAUAACUCAAGUUUCCAAGACAUUCUGGAAUUUUUCCUCCCAAAUUAUUAUUAGCUAAGAUUAGAGCAUUAAGAAAAGUCAAAUUGCAAUAAGAAGAAGGGAUUUCGCCAAUCAAAUUAUUCCCUGAAAUGAUGAGAUGCAUGAUAUCCCAAGUUGUUGAUAGAAUGGGAAGUGAUCCUUGUAGUAAGUUGGAACUGAGGUCAACUUGGGUAAGACUUUCAAAAGCAAACAAAUCUAUACCGAUCAAAAAGUUAUAAGAAAGGUUUAAACUGGCCAAUGACAUCCCUUCGAUUUCCCAUUUUUGAAUUUGACCAGAAAUCUUGUUCUUGGAAAUAUCCAAUACUUCCAAUCUCUCUGCCUUCCUUAAGAAACUUGGGAACUUGUGUAUGUUGCAAGAAGAGAAUUUUAAAGACCAGAGGUUCGGAAAGGAAUAGUUAACACCAGUGCUAUUAUUGCUCAAAGACAAAUUGUUAUUGGAAAGAUCCAGAUGCUGAAGGUUAACAAGUUUUGAAAGCAUGUUGGCUGUAAUGGUGCCUCUUAAAUUAUUUGAAGAAAGAUCGACCACGGCAAGAUUCACAAGAUGAAAGAAAGAGCUAGGAAAUGAACCACUUAUCCCAUUAUUGGACAAAUAGACUUCUUGUAAAAUGAGAUUAGGCAUCUCAACAUGAUCAAUAGGUUCGGUAAGUCUGUUGUUUUGGAGGUCUAAAUGGGAUAAAGAAGGCAAAGAAAACAACCAAGAUGGUAUAGGACCUGUGAUGAAAUUAUUAUCCAUUCGAAGCUCAUCUAAAAAUGAGAGUCCACUUAUAUUGUGAGGAAGAGGCCCUCUUAGCUUAUUUGAUGACAGUCUCAAAUAAGUAAGAUUAGUGAGGUUGAAGAUUGAUGUAGGAAUUUCACCAUCAAAACUAUUAGCAAAAAGGCUCAAAUGAGUUAGCUUUUGCAUUUUUCCAAAAACAUCUGGAAUUGAUCCAUAAAAUUGGCAACAAUCAAGAUUCAGAUACUCAAGGGUACUACUUGGGCUUGACUCAAGCAAAUUACCUCUUAAAUGAGAGUUGUUGCUUAAAUCAAGAAACUGGAGAGAUGGAAGCUGAAAAACUUGGCUUGGAAAGUUUCCUUGCAAAUUACAAGAGUGAAGGCUCAAAUGCUCCAAGGAAGAAGUCAAGUUUAGCAAGGAAGAAGGCACAACCAGAAACAUAUUCACAAAAUCAAGGAUAAGAAACCUUAAUUCUGUUAAGUUAUGCACAAGCAUUUGAAACUUCAUGUUGUCAAGAAGCAAAUCAUCAUUAUCAGAGAGAUCAAGUGAGAUCAAUUUCUUCAACCGAAAAACUUGGCUUGGAAAGUUUCCUUGCAAAUUACAAAAGCUAAGGCUCAAAUGCUCCAAGGAAGAAGUCAAGUUUAGCAAGGAAGAAGGCACAACCAGAGACAUAUUCAC